AUGCUGGAGAUCCUUAGGGGACGAACUGGCCAUACAAGCAUAAUAUACGCAGGUGGACCGCCGCUGAGUGCGUUGUGUGUGCGCGCAUAUGAAGAUCCCAACGGACACCCUCUCUCUGAUUCCCUAUGUAUUUCAAGCUUAAUUCUUGCGUUAAUUUUACCAUUAUCCAAUACUCUCUGUGUUUUUUUUUUGACUGUUUUCUUUGUGUGUGUGCGUGUCUCUCUCUGUCUCUCUCUGUCUCUCUCUGUCUCUCUCUGUCUCUGUCUCUCUCUGUCUCUCUCUGUCUCUCUCUCUGUCUCUCUCUCUCUCUCAAACUUUCUCUCUCUCUGUCUCUCUCUGUCUCUCUCUCUGUCUCUCUCUGUCUCUCUCUCUCUCUCUCUCUCUGUCUCUGUCUCUGUAUCUGUCUCCUCUCUCUCUCUCUCUCUGAAUUUUUUUUUUUCCGUUCAAGUGUGUGUGUGUAACGGCAUGGCCCAGCCCCUCCCCGCCAAUAGCAUGGCACCCGGAGCCACCAUGGGGGGGCGCCCCAUCGCUCCCUCUGCAGCUCCCCCCAUGAGCCAGGCACCGAUGGGUCAACCCACCAGCAAAGCCCCCAUAGUCUCCUACAUGCCCACCUCCUACGGUUACACUCGCCCCCCGUACGGGGGUGGCUACGUGACCGCCCCCUACGGCAUGCCCUAUCGCGGCACCACCAUGCCCCCAGCCAUGGUGGCCGCUCCCGGCCGCAUGCUCAGCAACCCUUAUUCACACAACAUCAGCCGCACCUCGCCAGCCACCGUCGUCUGGCUUCACGAGAACUUUGAAGCUUGCGAUGACACCUCCCUUGGCCGCGAACCCCUCUUUGCUCAUUACAUUGAGCAUUGCAAAACGCUCAACCAAGAGCCCGUCAACCAAGCAAGUUUUGGCAAGCUCAUUCGCAGCGUCUUCCCAAACCUCAAGACCCGCCGCCUCGGGACGCGAGGCAACAGCAAAUACCAUUACUACGGCAUCCGCUUGAAAGAGUCAACCAAGCUCGAUUUUGACCCCACACAAAUCGGUGGCGCUCACACCAAAACCCGGAAAACAAAGGAUGAAUCAAACUCUAACACAGGCACACCAGCUCCAACCACUACCAAGCGCAAAUCCAGCACGCGUGCCAGCAAAGCUCGAGAUGCCGCUGGUCCUAGCAGUAAAGCCGAGGCUCCUUCCAGCCCGCGUAACGCCGAGGCUUCCUCCCCGGGCAAAUUUGCCGGCGUUUUUGCUCGCGUAACCCUGCCGCCUUUUCCCUCACUCCAAGCCCAAGGCAUCGAUGGUGCCAACGAUUUCAGCAAGCCCUACCAUGCGCACUGUGCCAAGGUCUUGCAGACUGUCAUUGCCGGCGACUUUCAAGCCAUCCAGGAACAGUGGAACCAAUUUUGGGGCACCAUUGCCGUCCAUUUCAAGACCAUUCUGGCUUCACCUGCCGGCGUACAAAACGUUCUACAAGCUGACGAUAUCUUCAUUCAAGCACUUCAGCAGGCCAUUAUCCGUGACGUGCUCAAGCCCUUGCCCGAAGAAUUGCUGAAGGAACUUCGCUUUUUCGCCAAGUGCAUUGACGUUUGGCUUCGGACGGCCAUGGAUGGCCUCAAUCUCAAGCUGGUGGAUGCGCGGUUGGAAAAGUAUCACACGCUGGCCCUACGCCUUCGACGCUUCACCUCUCUCAAUCACUUGGCUGGCGCUGUUUCGGCCAUCUUUGACUCUUCAGACCAGAUGUAUCAGAUGCUGCAAGAUCUCUCUUCUCUUGACGUUUUGGCACUGCAUUCGCAACUGGCCAUGACCUGUGAAUGCCAAGAGGCCACGGUCAGCCUGAUUGUAUCCGAGGUGCUGUCGCUCUUGGAGAAUGAGGAAUCACUUCAAGUGUGGGCAGCCUUGGUUCAGCACAAGCUGCGUGAUUUUGUCGCGGGCGCUGUGCAUCCAACGGCUCGGGGCAAGCAAUUCAUGUUGCGCUGGGGCUUUUUCAGCGGCCUGGUGAUCCGCGAUCUAACGCUACGCUCAGCUCUCUCAUUUGGCUCGUUCAACCUGCUGCGACUCCUCAUGGACGAGCUGCUCAUCUGGCUGGUCGAGAGGCUCGGCGAGGAGGGCCUCCUUGUUCUGAGUCCAGAGUUUUUGGGCAAGAGCACGUACGGUGCCAUCGGCAGUGCUGGAGCCACAACUUCAAGCACCGGUAGCGCAUCGGCGGCUGCCGCAGCCGCAGCUGCAGCUGCGGCCGCCGGCCUACAAACACCCUCUACACCCCCGGGUGUGUUUAUGAAGGGCGGGGCUGGUGGAGAUGUGAGCCGACCAAGUGGAGAUGAAAGUCUGGACCACACGAUGCUGCUCAACACUCCUCAGGACUACGGGUACAAUGCAUAA